ACCUCCCUAGUUAUUUCCCUUUCCCGUGAAGGUCGACAUUUUAGGUUUUCAACAUGUUAUUACUUAGUCGACAGGUUUCUAGAGGUUGUGGAAUGCUGAAACAAUGCAUUCGUUUGACCCAAGCACAGAGCAUCUCACACAGAAAUUAUGCUGACAUGGCCUUUACGUUUGCUACGCCAUCGGAUGUUUACUACACUAAUGCUAAAGUGAAACAAGUUGAUGUGCCUUCGUUUAGCGGUAGUUUUGGUAUUCUGCCAGAACACGUCCCCAGCCUGGCUGUACUUAAACCAGGUGUUGUCACAGUCUAUGAAGAAGAUGGAACCCCCAAGAAAUAUUUUGUGAGCAGUGGCUCUGUGACGAUCAAUGACGAUUCAUCAGUCCAGGUGUUAGCGGAAGAAGCCCACCCUCUAGACCGAUUCGAUGCACAUGCUAUACGAGACGGAAUCGCAAAGGCCCAACAAGAGAUGACGUCAGCCUCCUCCGAGAAGAGCAAGGCGGAAGCCGAGAUUGCAUUAGAAUGCUACGAGCAGAUACAGAAAGCCCUCGAACACUGAACAUUAUCUGUGUGUAGUGUCAAGUUUAUCUAGGUUUGCUGUGACCAGCACUGCGUGUAUUCAGAAUGACUGAUUGAAGAGUAAAUAGUAUGACAUG